CCCUGUCACUGCCUUUCCUCCCCGCUGCACCGGGCGGCGGUAAUGCGCCCAUAAACUGCUUAGUCAUCCGGCAACCAUUCCAACGAAGAAGAAGACGCAGCAGAAAGAAACAUGCACUGAUGCUGCUAAGUGGAGCAAACACAGAAAGAUUCAACAUGGCAACCCCGGUGUCUGUGCUCCGCCUGCCAAAAGGACCCGACCCCAACAGCCGAGGAUUUGACCCCAAAUCACCUCGCUUCAUCGCCCUCUGUCGAACCUCCAUUGCCACUUCUGCCUCGUCAGAGACAAACGCUGAGCAGCUCCCGAUAGAGCAGCAUGCACGAUCUGUGCUGAGAGAGACCUUCCUCCGAUGUCUCCUCUCCAUGACCAACAAGAAGGUUCAGUUUCUCAUGCAUGAGAGGGUGAAGGUGGAGGCCACGUUUGGGGCGUCUGACAUCGACGUGCUGAACUUUCAGGUGUCCGACCUGCACACUCCCAUCGGGGUGCAGAAAGAGGCACUGAUCAGGUGUCAGGAUGUGAUUUCAUUCACUUUCGAUUCAUGAACAUUUAAGGCUUUUGUUUCCUGUUUAAACGGCACAUACUAUUUGGUAUAAGAGGCACUUGGGAGUCUCAUUUGUUGUUGCAAGAGAGCUCUAUUUUCAUACUGUGAGAUGGUUAUAUGUUUUAUAUAUGUUUGGUUGUUGUCAAUCCUGUCGGAAUAUUUCGGCCAAUCGUACUGCUCUCUGUGGCUGCUUUUAGAAAUCCAACACUGACGAGCAGUCCCCCUUUUUCAGCACAAGAGGGAGACGUUUGCUUGGGAUUUGGUUAUAUCAGACCAUAUCUGACAUAUCUCUCACAAUAACAUCCAGGAAGUGUUUGUAAUCGAUGUUGCUUUCAUAAUGCAGCCAUGAAGACCAGGAAAUCGAACGAUCAAACCAAUAUUUAACCUUGAUCACAAACUGUAUUUUUGUUUUAUAAUCUUUUGGAGGCUCUGCAGAUCAUCAACACUGUUAUUAUAUUUUGAGAGAUGCAUUGUCAUUUAUUAUUUACUGAGGUAAAUGAAACAUUCCACAAAUUACUUUUUGAAUUAUCAAUUUUGUAUUCUGUUAUUAUAAAGAUAAAUGGAAAGUUAAUAUUCGAUAAAGGUUGAUGUUGCUUAAGAAAAAAAA